CGUUGCUUUAACUACACCAAUCUGAUUCGCACCGACGCCAAGACUGGGAUCUUUUCUAUCCUAGGUAUUUUCAAAAGACCAGCAGCUCGAACCUUUUCGGAGGGAUUGAAGGGUUCAUGACUGGCAAGGAUGGUCUGUCGUCAUCCUUUGUGGAGACCGUAGCAGGGUUCACGGCAGGAAUUGUUUCGACGCUCUGCCUGCAUCCUCUUGACCUGGUCAAGACUCGACUUCAGGUCGAUCGGUCUUCGACAUUUCGGGGCCGUAGAUCACUCCGACUUGUCCGGGAUAUCUUUCAGCAUGAAGGCGGCUUGGCGGCUUUCUACCGAGGUCUGACGCCUAAUCUUGUUGGAAAUUCAACCAGCUGGGCCCUCUACUUCCUAUGCUAUGGCAAUAUCAAGAAUUUGAUGCGAGCUCGGCGUGGUGAUGAUCCAGGUCGGGGCCUGAGCUCGACCGACUACUUUCUAGCCUCGGGUUUCGCCGGUAUGCUGACGUCUAUUUUAACGAAUCCCAUAUGGGUUAUCAAAACCCGUAUGCUAUCGACCGGCUCCCAGGCGCCGGGAGCCUACGCCUCGCUCGCCAUGGGCGCGAGACAGAUAUUCCGCUCAGACGGCAUAUCCGGCUUUUAUAGGGGUCUGGUUCCGGCGAUGCUUGGGGUCAGCCAUGGUGCGCUGCAAUUCAUGGCUUAUGAAAAGAUGAAGCUGUAUCGCACCCGCAUGGCGGCCGGGGACGUCUUCAACGGCACCGGCGGCCUGAGCUCAUGGCAGCCAACGUCAUCAGAGCUUGGAAACGUUGACUACUUUGUCCUGUCUAGCCUCUCGAAACUCUUUGCUGGGUGCGUUUCGUAUCCCUACCAGGUGCUGCGAUCCCGGUUGCAGACCUACGAUGCUCAUCUCGUUUACAUGGGCGUUCGAGAUGCGGUGGUGCAGAUUUGGACGGAGGAAGGGAUCAAGGGCUUCUACAAAGGGCUGGCGCCAAAUCUGCUGCGUGUAUUACCCAGCACAUGGGUCACCUUCCUUGUGUAUGAAAACACUCGAGCAUAUCUGCCCAGGCUGGUUCUUAGUGACUAGUUGAAGGCAUUAAUACCCAGUGAGCUAUCUCAAGACGCCGCCAGCUUACCUCAUCUACUCCGAAGUCAAUCAUAAUGUCCGUCAUUACUUCAAGGGUAACCUUGAGCGCGAGUACUUUCACAUUGCCCGCAAGACGAUAAAGGCGAAUCAAGUAAUAAAAGG